AUGAUGCUUUAUUUAUCAAGUAGUCCUCGUAAUGCAACGUUUUUACGUUUUACUCACCUUACCACCUUGGUGGUUUUGUGUUUAACUAUUUUUACUAGCAGUUUUUCUUCAAGUCUUUUUGUAAAAGCUGAAGAACAACAACAACCAUGUACUAUUACUAAUGAUACAAUCUAUUAUGAUUUAAGUCCUUUGAAAAAAACUGAAGGAGAUGAUUGGAUUGUUAAAGGAUACGAAACAGAUUGGAAAUUUCGCAUAAAUAUUUGUAAUGAUGUUUUAUAUAAGGGUGAUCCGAAUACUGACCUUAAAAAUACUGGUGUUUAUGGUUCAAAGAAUGAUGUAGGAAAUAGUUUGGGUCAAACCUCUACUACUCCUAUUAUCCGAGGGGAUAGUCUUAUAAUGGAAUUUAAUAAUGGUAAUGACAAAUGUGGUACCACGAAUUAUAGAAAAACGUCCGUUAUUUCCUUUAUUUGUGAUAAAACCGUUGAGGGUCAAGGACAACCAUCAUUUAUUUCAACCUAUAGGGAUUGUGGAUUCUUUUUUGAAUGGAGAACUCCUGUCGCUUGUUCAACCACGAAAAAAGGUGAAGGCUUGGGAGGAUGGAAUGUCUUCUUAACAAUGUUGGUAUAUCUUAAUUCAUUUGAAUUUUUUGAUUUAUAUCGUAUCGUUUAUAACCGAAUGGUUCAUAAUGCUUCUGGAAUGCAUCAAAUCCCAAAUUGGGAAUUCUGGUGUAACACGUGGGAUUUCCUCAAGGACAUGUUUUUUAUAAUAAUGGCACAAUGUCCCGUUUUUAAACCAAGGAGAUCUGGAGGAAGAAAUUACAGGAAUUUGCCAAGAGAUGAAGAAAAUGUUUUGAUGGAAGACGAAUUUGAUGAGCAUUAA